UGCUGUGGGGACCAUAAAACUGAUUUUGUAUGCGAGAAAACUUGCUCAACAGGAUGUAGGCAAGUUGGGGGUUUAUCACAGCAUCUUGGCAGUUGGGAGGGUUUCUGUGGGGGCAGGUGAGAACCCAGAAUAAAAGAACGCUGGACAAAGGUGAAAGGAGCUGGGCAGCUGAGAAGAGGCAGCUAGGGAGCUGGAGAAGCUAGAGGAGCCUGGGACAAGAGAACAUGUGAGGAAUGAAGACCAGAGGAGAAGGCAGAGAUGAAGCUGAACUCUAUUCCCCUGCCUUUUUGCUGAGUGGAUCCAGGAUGAUCCCGAUGAUGAUGGGGAUAAUGUCCCACCACCACCACCACCUGACCAGGCAGCACCGCCAUCGCCUGAUGAGGCAGCACCGCCUCCACUUGACGAGGCAGCACCGCUUCCACCACCGGACCAGGCAGCACUGCAACCUGUCCAGGCGGCACCACCACCUCACCGGGCAGCACCACCGGACCAGGCACCACCACCUAACCAGGGGCUCAGUGUAGGCACUCAGACUGGGAAUGCCUACUAUGACCACACUGAGCUCCUGGUCACCCUGGUCCACCAGGUCAACGCCAUGCGCCAGGAUCUGGGAGAGGUCAGGGAUAUCGUGGAGUCCCUGCAGAGGGUCAUUGCUCCUCCUCCUCCACUGUAAUAUAUUCCUUUUUUGGCAUAGCAGCACCGUUGUGCUAUUUUGUAUAUUAAAAAAGUUUUUUUAUAUCUCUAUAUUUUGAGUUCAUU